AUGCUUCGGCUGGCGACGGCGGCCGUCUCCGCCGCCCACGGCAGCGGCAAAAUGAAAGCGAGCGCAGCAGGAGACGGCGAGGAGAAGGCGAGCUCGGCCUCAAGUCCAUUGCAAGUAAAAUAUGCCAAUGGGGAGUUGGAAAGAUUGGAGCACAAGCUCUUUGUUGGGAUGCUCCCAAAAAAUGUAACAGAUGCUGAAAUGACGGAUUUAUUUUCAAAAUAUGGGAAUAUCAAGGAUUUGCAGAUUUUGAGAGGUUCUCAACAAACGAGCAAACCUGGCUGUGCCUUUCUAAAAUAUGAAACAAAAGAGCAAGCUGUGGCUGCUAUAGAAGCUCUAAAUGGAACGUACAAAAUAGAGGGUUCAAGUGUUCCUUUGGUUGUCAAAUGGGCUGACACUGAAAAGGAAAGGCAGGCUCGAAAAGCACAAAAAGCUCAAUUCCAGUCUUCUAACAUGUUGAAUGCGAAUGCUAUGCAGCAGAAUUCAGUGUUCGGAGCUUUACAGAUGGGAUAUGUGCCGCAGUACAAUGGAUUUGGCUACCAGCCUCAAGGAACGUACAGGCUUAUGCAAUACCCUCCUCAUCUCCUGUGCAAAAUCAAGCUGCCUUCCAGAAUAUGGUUCAGCCUGUUAAUCAAGGAAGCUCGAUCCGUGGAGCUAAUUCUGAACUUUCCCCUAAUUCAGUUCCUAGAUCAUUUAAUUCUGCACAGUUGGGAAGCCCCUAUUCGCCUUUGCCUGGUCCUCCUGGAGCUAAUUUGUUCAUAUAUCACAUUCCGCAAGAAUUUGGUGACCAUGAUCCUCGCAAAUGCAUUUCAUAGUUUUGGUAGAGUACUGAGCGCUAAAGUUUUUGUAGACAAGGCAACUGGUGUUCGUAAAUGCUUUGGUAAUUGA